UCCUCCUCCCUCCGCCUGGCUUUGCAUGGUGGAGAGCGGAGGCUUCUCUUUCUCCUUCCUGCUCCAGACCCUGACAGCUCCAGCUCCAGGGGCAGGGCCCGGGGAUCCGCUCCGGCGGCAGUAGCGGGAGGAGGAGGAGGCAGUGCAGGCGAAGGAGGAGGGGGGGAUACCCAGCUACCCCAACAUGUCCUCCUCCAGCAGCCAGCACAGCACCGAGCUGAAAUCCGAGCUCUAUUUCCUCGUUGCCAGAUUUUUGGAAGAUGGACCCUGCCAGGAGGCAGCUCAGGUCCUGAUCAGAGAAGUGGAGAAGAAGGAGCUGCUCCCCAAAAGGGUCGACUGGACGGGCAAGGAGCACCCCAGGACUUACCACAAUUUGGAGAUUCCUCAAAGUGUACCUGGCGUGCUAACACUAGUAGGAGCUGGGCGCCAGUCUCUGCUGCGCACAAACAAAAGUAUGUAUGACUGCAAACAUGUUUUGUGGAAGGGUACAGGCCUUGCGGCUUUACACUGUGGGAGACCCCCAGAGCUGCCUAUCAGUUAUGGAAACUCACCAAGUAUAGGAAAUACACUUUUUGCAAGAAAGCUAAAUGGAAAGUACAAGUUUGAGACCCUAGUCCCGACAGCAGUUUAUCAGCAUAUGAAGAUGCACAAGAGGAUUUUAGGACAUCUCUCCUCUGUUUACUGUGUGACUUUUGAUCGGACUGGCCGAAGAAUAUUUACAGGAUCUGAUGACUGUCUGGUUAAAAUAUGGGCAACAGAUGAUGGUCGUCUCCUGGCAACGUUAAGAGGGCACGCUGCUGAAAUCUCAGACAUGGCUGUGAAUUAUGAAAAUACAAUGAUUGCCGCUGGAAGCUGUGACAAGAUGAUCAGAAUCUGGUGCCUAAGGACAUGUGCUCCACUGGCCAUUCUGCAGGGUCACAGCGCGUCCAUAACUUCACUACAGUUCUCUCCACUGUGCACUGGAUCUAAGCGAUUCCUCUCCUCUACUGGAGCUGAUGGAACAAUUUGCUUCUGGCUUUGGGAUGCAGGCACUUUAAAAAUAAAUCCCCGACCCAUAAAGUACACAGAGAGACCACGGCCUGGUGUUCAAAUGAUCUGUUCUUCUUUCAGUUCUGGAGGCAUGUUUCUAGCAACAGGGAGCACUGACCAUAUGAUAAGGGUUUAUUACUUCGGCUCUGGUCAGCCGGAAAAGAUUUCUGAGCUAGAGUUUCAUACAGAUAAAGUGGAUAGCAUCCAGUUUUCAAACGGAAGUAGUCGGUUUGUAAGUGGGAGCCGUGAUGGAACUGCUCGAAUUUGGCAGUACAAGAAAAAGGAGUGGAAGAGCAUUUUAUUAGACAUGGCUACUCGUCCUACUAGCACUCAAGGUGUGGAAGACAAGACAACAAAACUAAAAGUGACAAUGGUGGCUUGGGACCGCCAUGAUAACUGUGUGAUCACUGCAGUUAGCAACAUGACUUUAAAAGUUUGGAACUCAUACACUGGACAGCUCAUCCAUAUCCUUAUG